UUGCCACGGCAAAGCUGAAGGGAGACCGUGAUAGUUUUCUUUGUGUCGAUUUGUGACUUGGAAUCGCUAGGUUUUAUUGUUGUAGCUCUCGUUUGCCUCGAUUUCUCUCUCGGUGCUUCAGUUUUCGGAGUUUAUUCUGUGUGCCUUGAGUGACUCAUCGGCAGUUGCUGGCACUGGUGUUUUUACCUGGAAAUGGGCAGCCAACCCCCACGCCCCCAAGGACGAACAAUUUAAUUCGUAAUAAGCUGUAUGCUCAGCCUGUGUGUCUGGCAGGAUCUGACCUACUCGAGAGUUUGAAAGGGACCCGAGAGAAAUGCUGCAUUAGAAGAAAAUUAUGGAAUGAAGAAUAUUUAGGUUCAUGAGACCAAACACCCUCUCGUCUCAUCGGAACUAACAAUACCAAGAUCGAGAGUGGAGCCAUGCUGAAAUUACGGUGAAAUCUGGAUCCCAAUAACUACCGUACGAACAACGAGAUAGCUACAGAUCUCUCUGCUUGAGACCGACCGACCACCUUUCCGCCACCCUAUGUGCUACUCUUUUUAGAGGCAGCUAAUACAUCCCCAUCUGGUGGCGAGAGCGAGAACUGCUGCAGCCUCCUCGGGGGGGCCAUCUUACCGAACUAUCGACAACGGCCAUAGUGUAUUGUCAGAGUGCUAACCAAAAUAUUGCCUUAUCUUACUUAAUAAAAAGGGUAUGGUUUCUCAUUUCUAUGUUUCUUAGAAAAGCACUACAAUACAAUUAACCUUAACUUAUUUAAAUACCUCGCAAACUAAAAACGUACAUCGGAAAAGGUCUUGUAGUAGAGACAUAGUACAGCCGUAGCGGGAUUCCAUCAGAGCCAAUCAGGGCGCAGCCGUAGGGAUCAUGUCUUCAGUCGUCCCGGAGUUCUUUCUGUGGGAUCAGUCGCAGAAUAGCUCGUGUGGUGGAAGGAUGGAGUGUGAGACUCUGUACGAGCUGGGCCCUCCGCCCGAUAUGAUAUUGAAUAUACCUCCUCCUCCAAUUCCGCCUUUUAUGGCAGAAUUUGUGAAUAGACUUGCUGCCGAAGGAAUUAAUAUUCACGACGACGAUAAAGGAUUUCCCGAAGAAGAAAAACAGUGUAAUCUUUGCCAGUGGGCAAAUGGAAACGGCGUUGGAUAUGUCGAACUAGCACAAAAAGGUCCCCUAAUUGAUGACACUUGGUUCCUCGUCAUCAUCUCGUCCUGUGUAGCGGCGACUCUUCUGGGCAUCAUCCUUGCCAUCGCUUUCCUCAAGUACAGAGAGGGUAAAAUGAAACCUAUGAGUGAUGACGCCUUGGCCAAGAAAGAGAAGGCUCUGGGGCUUGAAAGAUGUGAAGCUGUGUUGUAUCCGGCCCCAGCCCCUGCACCGGCUCCUCAGCUUGAUAGUCGUUCCAUGUCACGUGCAUUAUGGGCUGCCAUCAAGCCUUUAGAGGGAAAUCACUACACAGUAGACCACUGCCAGCCCAUGGAGCAAAAACCAGUACGAUUAGACCUUCUACCACCUCAUGACAAUUCGUAUGACUAUGUUGAUUACAGUGGCGUUACAUAUGCUACAGCUGGGUAUACAACGUUGACACCUCGUCUAGAUCAACACAGUCCCCGUCCAGCACCAGCUGCAAGUUUUGAAAACAUCGGUUAUGUUCCUGGUGAUGAUGGCACAGAAGUGGAGCGCAUUGCCCCAGAUGGUUGUGUGGUAACUGCCCCACGAGCGGCUCGUCUGCUCGGCUCGCCACGUUUCGCACAGGGAAACAGUGAUCACCACCACUACGAAAUGGUGACACCCUCCCCCAGAAGAAACAAAUCUCUUGAUCGGGGCAGUGGUCGUCAGCCACCCAUCAUCAGUGGGCCCACAAGUCUGGGACCUGUGAGACUGCCAGCGCUUAAUGGUCGUCCUUCUCCUCGCUAUAAUUUAACAGCCCUAGCCACAGGUGCUCAUACCCUAACACCGAAAGUGGAUAACUCCUCAAGAUCUGAAAGACGACAUGCACAUGUCUCUCUAGAUCGUUCAGGGAGCGCUAACACCAAACUAGCUCCUGCCUCACCCACUGACCAUAUUUAUGCUUCACCCAUUACUUCCCCUGUCAUUUGAGAUAAAAGUUAUUUUCUCAGUUUUACCUGCAAUGCCUAUGUAGGCAACAGGGAUGUCACUACUAGUCUGUUAUGAUGAGCUUGGCAAAGGGUAAACAGUGUAUGUCUGGGGGAUUUAAACGAGUUCCUGUCAAUACAAUGUUUGCUGCCACGUGGGUUACUAGAUUUUAAUUUAUUAAUCGCCGUUAUGUGAAAUGAUAUAAUAUAUAUAAUUGUGUUUAUGAUCAGAAGUUGGAAAUUAAGUGCAGCAUUAUUUAAAAACAACUCUGCUACAGAUUUGAUAUCAGUAUCAUUGUGCUUCAAUGUAGAUAUACAUUUCGGUUUUGUUCCUUUGUAGAAGCAAAAUACAGUUGCCUGCCACCCUUAUCCCCCAGCUACUGCAACAUCAGUAUUGCCACAAGAAUUAUGCACUGCUGUUAACCCUGCACCCAGCUUCCAUCAAGUCAAAGGCCAGGCCUUUCGGUGUGUCAGCUAUGUUGUGUGUAGAGGACACAUUGUGUUGAUACCAAAGCAUAACUGUUAAGGAUCCUUUUUUUCCAUUCUUCGAUAGCAUGGCAUUCAUACUGAACUAAUUGCAAAAUCAUUUCAUUUUUUUUAUAUUUGAAAAUAACGAUCUCAUUAGCUUGUUAGUUUACGAUGUCAAAGAUAUUAAAUUGCAAUGUUCAGGAAAACUGAGCUUUGAAUAUUCAUAUAUGGUGCCAUAUUUCAUACUUUGUUCAUUGUGAACAAGAUGCACAGUGUCUUUCUGAAGCCUUCAGAGCAUGCUUGUAUUCUUUCAGUCAAGCAGUAAGUAGGAGGUCAGUGCAUGAAUACACUUUGUGAAUGUAUUUGGAAGGGACUUGUGCUCAAGUGUCCAGUGACUGACUGCAUAAAACGUCAUUCUGUGCAUCUUCACAACGGCCGCCUUUCCAAAUAGUCUGAAAGCGCUUUUGAAAGUAUUCAUAUUCAUUCCAUGUUUCAUAUCUAUUUAUUGCUGUGUAUAUGUAUUUAAGAGCUUUAUUAAUGUCUGUAAAUAAGAUUAUUUGCUUUUUCAUUUCUGUAAAAAUGUGCAAUUUUAUUCUAAAUAGAUGUUACAAAAUUAA